AUGGAAGUAGUGAAGCUUUCACCAGGAUCGCCUACGCAAUCAGUCCAGUGCCAACAUAAUAUGGGUUUCAUGGUUACGGACAAAGUUCAACGAUUUCUGAUCGUCACUACAUAUAUGCGAUUAAUUCAUGGCUCUACUGUUGCGGAACUGCUUAGACAAUUGCGUAUCACUGUAAGAAAGAAGAUAUUAUUAUUAUUAUUAAUACUAUUAUUAUUACUAUUAUUAUUGUUAUUGCCAUUAUUAUUGUUAUUAUUAUUAUUAUUAUUAUUAUUAUUAUUAUUAUUAUUAUUAUUAUUAUUAUUAUACACCGUAAUCGCUUUACUGCCAUAUAAGACGCCGUUAUACCUGGUCUGUGCCGAAGCAAGAUAUGAGGUGCUACGCAAUGUUACGUCAGCUUUGCGAUGCUGA